GGAACAAUGGCUCUGCCUAUAAACCCAGCGGACGAGCCCAGAUUGUACCAGCAGACUCUACUCCAGGAUGGCCUGUAUGACCUGCUGGAGAAUGAUAAGCUGGUCGACUGUGUGCUGAAGAUCAAAGACAAGGAGUUUCCCUGCCACCGGCUCGUUCUGUGCGCCUGCAGCUCAUACUUCCGCUCCAUCUUUCUUUCUGACCUGGACGAGAGCAAAAAGAGGGAAAUUAUCCUGGAGGAUGUGGAGCCAGGUGUCAUGGGGCUCAUCGUGAAGUAUCUGUACACCUCCAAGAUCAAUGUGACCGAGCAGAAUGUCCAGGAUAUCUUUGCUGUCGCUAAUAUGUACCAGAUCCCUUCAAUUUUCACUGUAUGUGUGUCUUUCUUACAAAAGCGCCUAAGCCUCAGCAACUGUCUGGCUAUCUUCAGGCUCGGCUUGAUGCUGGACUGUCCCAGAUUGGCCAUCUCUGCUCGAAACUAUGCCUGCGAGCGCUUUCAGCUCAUCUCCAGAGAUGAAGAAUUCCUCCAGCUGCUUCCCAGUGAGCUGGCAGCCAUUUUAUCAAAUGACAAUCUAAACGUAGAGACAGAAGAGGAGGUAUUUGAAGCUUUGAUGAACUGGGUGUCCCGGGACAAAGAGACCAGAGAGAAAGAGCUGCCGAAUUUGUUGGACUGCAUUCGUUUGCGUCUUGUCAGUGAGGACUAUCUGAGAGAAAAAGUGGAGAAACACAAACUUAUCUCCUCUAACCCCGAGUUGCAGCAGAAACUCCAGCUGGUUAAGGAUGCCCAUGCUGGGAAAAUGCCAGAAGUUAAAAAAAGAAAAAGCAAGGAGGAGGAGGAUGGUGGAGCAGGGAAUGAUGGAGAGAGUGAAGAUAAAGAUGAUGAAGAGGGCCUUCUCCCAAGCAUCCUGAAUGAUAAUCUUCGAUUUGGGAUGUUUGUCAGAGACUUGAUCCUGAUGGUUAAUGAUGCUGGCGCUGUGGCCUACGACCCAACGGGGAACUACUGCUUUCUAGCAUCACUUUCCACACAGAUUCCCAAAAACCACGCCAGCCUGGUGACCAAGGAGAACCAGAUCUUUGUGGCCGGAGGAUUAUUCUUUGAUGAACAGAACAAGGAGGAUCCACUGUGCUCAUACUUCCUGCAGUACGACCCGGUCAGUGCCGACUGGCUCGGCAUGCCUCCCCUUCCUUCUCCCCGUUUUCUGUUUGGAAUGGGCGAGGCUGAGAACUCCAUCUUUGUUUUGGGAGGAAAGGAGCUGAAGGAGCAGGAGCACAUGCUGGAUUCAGUCUUGGUAUACGACAGAGACUCCUUUAAAUGGGGCGAGUCAGAGCCGAUUCCAUACCCAGUUUACGGCCAUACAACAUUAUCUCAUAAUGACACUGUAUACGUGAUUGGAGGAAAGGGAGACAACAAGAGCUGUCUAAAGAAGAUGUGUGCCUACGACGCCAAGCGUUUUGAAUGGAAGGAGCUCGCGCCCAUGAAGCACGCACGCUCCUUAUGUGGAGCCACCGUUCAUGAAAACAAAAUAUACGUGGCAGGAGGCGUCACUGACAACGGCCUGACAGACACUAUGGAGGUGUAUGAUAUCGCUACCAACAAGUGGUCAGACUUUGUGCCGUUUCCUCAGGAACGUAGCUCCCUGAAUCUCGUGUCGUUGGCUGGUUCCCUCUACGCUGUUGGAGGUUUUACCAUGAUGCCUUUAGAGGACAGCGAAGAGGUUCUUCCUAAAGAGAUGAACGACAUCUGGAGGUAUAAUGAGAUGGAGAAGAAGUGGAAUGGGAUCCUCAGAGAGAUCAAGUACGCCUCAGGGGCUUCAGUUUUGGGGGUGCGACUGAAUACCCUGCGUCUCACCAAGAUGUAAAACUCCCUCCAGUCCCCGUUUAUGAACAUGAACCUGUUUAGUUCACAGUUG